UAUCAUGAGGACGGGGGUCCUGUGGGGCCUGCUAGCCCUGCUGUGUCAGCACACACUGGUCAGUGCUCAUACACUGGGGAGGUCGUCUUCCAACAGUGACCUGGUUCAGCUCAAGUCUUUGCUGCAGCGCUUUGAGGAGACGCUGGCUGAAGCAGACCAGGCUGACUAUGAAGACACCAACCAGCAGCCUGACAACAGCCAGGCCCCCCGGGGAUGGAACCUGGACCAGGAGGGGCCCCAACAACCUUUGACAUCAGAGAGAUCCCAAGUGCCAGCGGAGGGCCCAAGCAGGGGCCAGAGUGAGCGGAGCCGUCUGCUGGACCUGCUGAUCGGCUCCAGGAAGCGGUCCUCGAGCUGCUUCGGAGCCAGGAUGGACCGGAUAGGAAACGCCAGCGGUCUGGGCUGCAACAACGGAAGAGGCUAGUUUGACAGCCUCCUGGGACACAUGUUGGAUUAUAGUUUGGUCUCCAGCCAAGGACAUCUCCAUAGAAUGCAUUUGUAUGAUUUUGCAUUAGUCACAGUUCAUCUUGUAUGUAUUUCUCUGUUUGAAUGGCACAAGGGCAACUUGUCAAUAUGUAACAAACUGUUUACUGUUUAUUAAAUAUUAGCUGCAUAACAGUAAGGCCCUAAAGGAAACGAUGAUACUACUAAAGUGCAGGUGUGUUGCUAACAGAUAAAUAAAAUCUUUUUUCAUAUGAAAAA